GGAAUCGAAGAUUCCCUGGAGAAUUGAACAACAGCAACCAUUUACCACCUAAAAAAUCUUGCCCCAUACUGUUUUGGAUACUUAAACUGUUUAUUUAAGAAGAUCAAAAGGGCGGCAGGUUUCAGGUAAGUUUAUUUAAGUUUUCGCGAUAAAAAAGAGGAAAAUUUAAACAGCAAACUGUCCAAAGGGCUAAGAAGACUAAAUAUAACGUACACUAAUUUGGUUUUUUUUGCGAAGAAUUACUGCCUAACAAAUAUCCAAACAAUCCAGAUCGAAUUCACCGUGUAAUUCUCACGUGUCAUGCCAUAAACAGAAAGUAAGUGAUCGUAAUACUAUUCCCGUUCUUUAUGUCCUUUCUCUAGUCUACUAGCUAACUGCGAGAGGGAAAUGAAUUUUGUAUGACUAUAAUCGAGUUUUUAUUAGAAAUGACUACUUAACAACACUAACAAUACUAUACUUAUUUUUAUAUUUUUAAGUUCUCCUCCUUUGCAAAGGUAAACCGGUAUGUAAGAGAAUACCGUGUGUUUAUGUUUACGAAGCAAAAGCGUCAGUGAGUGAUAAACUUUCCUCUUAUAUCUUCUGCCAAAUCAGAAAUCAUAUCAAGCAAAAACCAGCGAGCAUCUAGCGAGGGCUGAUUUCGCUCAAUGGGUGGGUCACGUGUACAGUACGUUUUAUAGAGACUUGAUGAAGAUCAAACACGGCUUGAAAUUGACAAAUUCUCACUGAUCUGGAAAUUGACGAUAUCGAAAGUGACUUCCUUCGAGGCUUAAGACGCAUUCUAAUUCAAUUCGACUGAUCUAUUCCGAAUCAUAUUAGGUACAAAAGGGUGAAAAAGUGCGAUUGUCACUGAGGGUUUCUUUAUCUAAGAAAGAGCAAUUUUUCUUUAUUAACUACUAUGCCUGGCAGUUGCCGUUAGAGAAAGAAGUAAGGGCAAUGAAAAGAGCUCAGAAUAGAUGAAGCUCUUAAUUAAAUUGUUUGUUUUUUUUUUUUUGCUGUAUAGUUACAGAGAAUUUUAUGACCUGGGAUACUUCCAUUUAGAUGAGAAAACCGGAAAUACCAGAUAACUUGGGCUGAGUGCAGUAUUUCCACUCUUUUUAGUCUGUAAUAUUUUGACAUACUUUGCCUGCUUCGCAGACGUAAUUUACCCGGUUAGUAAGGCGUCUGCGAAGCUACGCCGAAAUCCUUGUUCUGGGCCCCAACAGAGUAAACGAAUUAUCGGAUUAUGUGUUUCGAAUUUCCUUUCAACCUGACUGGAAAUUCGGCAAUUGCAUCUUUAACAGGCCAAUCAUGGUGCGUGCUCAAAUCCUCAGUUAGCCUGCAGUGCAGGCGUUUUCUUCGCGAAAGCGCCAUCUUGAGGCUCGAAGAGAGAGGAGAAAACGGGGCUAGUCAAAAGGAGCGGGGUAGCCCUAUCACCUACCCUAAGGGUUACUAUUUUUACACUCCCUAAUCUUUCUCCGUCAUAACAUCAAAGAUGGCGGUUACAACAGUACGAAUAUUAACAAGCAGCUUUCGCCCGCCCAAAAUACGCCUGCACUGCAGGCUAAUCCUCAGUGCUACACAGCUGGGGGACUCAGAACAAGGAUUUCGGCGCUUUUUCGCAGGCGGACCCAACCAGAGUUUAGUUUCGUGUGUGGUGUAGGCUAGUCGUUUUCCCACCUCGUCAAAUGUUAUAGUUUUAUAUGUUCAUGCACAAGAUUUCCACGCGGAUGGUGUGUGUUAAUGAUAGGCACCCAAUCUGGAAAACUGCCCACCUACCCCUCCCUUAAGUCAACAUUAACACUUAGUUCUCACUUAGGGCAAAAUGUUGGCUUAGGGGAGGGGAAGGUGGGCAGUUUCCCUGAAACAUAUAAUAAUCCGAAAAUGGGUGACCUGGAUGAGAUGUGGAGGGCGGAGGUUGUGCGGAAUAAACCACAUAAGUUGACAGGGUUCCUUUUUAUUUUUUCGAAAGGCGCCGAAAAAUCAUGCUGCCCUCGACCAAGCGGAAUUUGGUGCUAGGAGUCUUCCUAGUGAUUGUCACUCUCGUAGUACUAUACUCAUACUGUAAUGGCAGCUCUGUUUGCUACACGUUUCCUUUCUUCAGUGGACUGGAACGGGACAGGCUAGUUAAACCGGAAGUAGUGGUAACUUCCGUUAUUGUACAAACCAAGCGGCCAUUUGAUCUAGGAAGAUUUUCUGAAAAGUCAAAAGGUAUGAACUUGUUUAUGUGUAGAAAGCACCCUGUGGUCACAGCAACCUUUCUUCUACCCUUUGGAUCUUAAGCCACUGUAAAAUGGGUGAUAAUACGUGAAAUUUGUUUUGCAACUGCUGUAAAACGAAUUGAGAACUGUGAUCUUGCGCUUUUUACCACCAGACUCUUGUUCAAAUUUAUCUUGCAACAAUUCGUGAUCAGGUGGUUGUAAGUUGCUAGAAUACUGACUUCUGUUUUGAUAGAAUUACGCGGGAGUCACUCCAUACACGGGAUUUACGUCUCUUGCUUGGACCAGUAAAAUAUGUACAGAUUUUGUUGCCAAAAGGAGAACUACUUCCUUACUUCCUGCAACAACUUGAUUUGUAUCAGGACAGGUACGAUUCGUCUGUGGUAAAACGCACAACAUCGCUAUUCCACUAGUUUUGCAACAGUUGUAAUAUUUGCACUUUCUGUCAAACCGCUUUACCGUACCUUUAGCUGAGAGGGAGCAAUGUUGUAGUCAUUCUAUUAUCUCAGAUAAAUCUUGAACAUUCUUUAAAUGUGUCCGAUUCUAAGAUAUGUUUUAUUUUUAUUCAUUAUUAUUGUUGUUAUUGCGCUUUUCGUGAAGAUGAACUAGACAGAGUUAACUGCACUAUCUUUUUUUUACUUGAAAAUAAACGGUUAUUGAGAUUGUUAGUGUCGGCUCUAUUGAAUUGUGGGAGGGGGAGGAGCGUUCGUAGACGCUGUCAAAAGUAAAGCAGUUCAGUCUGUCUCUUAAGAUAUUCUUGCUAACAGAAGCGCAUCACCAAAACUUUCGCAGGUAAACAUGGCGAGUCCAACGUAAAACAAAGUGAGCAGUUCAUUGAGGAAAUUCAUAUCAACGACGAGAAAAAGACGAAGAACGUGACAGAGGAAGCGGAGAAGCUUCAUUUCGAUCACAACAAAACCUUUGUUAUCCAAGAGGAAAGAAAAAAUAACAAAACACAGGCAAAGACAACUCCUGAACGCCAAAAACACCUCCUUCCACCUUCAGACAUUGUGGGAAAGGUAGCGGAAAAAAUUCUACGGAAGGCAAACGUUUCAGAAGAGGAAGCCAAUAGAGAACUUAUUCGAGUGGAGAAAGUCGACGAAAUUGUUGACAAUGAAAGGCAUAGGCAAGAGAAUGCUUUGCUAAGAAAAGUGAAGGAGUCGCGGAGGGCGGGCGGGAGUAAAGCUGAGAAAAAACUAGUGCGAGUUGAAAGAGUUGACUUAACUGACGAAGAAGAAGAGGAAUAUAAAUAUCAAUCAGAAAAAGGAGUUACAGAAUCUUAUAAUACAUCUGUUGAUAGUGCCGCUUCAAGAUCGAGAAGAAAAGAAUUCAUUACGGAACCAAAAUACGAAAAUUUGGAAUUGGCUCAUGCAAGAAGAUUAGGGAUUUUAAAUGCAACAAGCAAUAUUCCAAGUUUGCUGAGUGAGAAAAACAAAACUAGCAAUUUUUCAACUAACUCCACAGCCGCUAAUGAGCCUCUUAGCACGCCUCCGCCAUUCUUUGCGAAUUUCUUGAAUAUAACCGCAAGAGAAAGAGAAAUGUUUGUUCUCCUUCAUAACUUCACGAAGGAGAGCAAGCCGCUUGAGCCUCUUGAUGGACAAGAGAAUAAAAUAUUUCUUCAUGAAAAUGGUGCUGAAAAAGAAAACCUCACAGUGAUGGGAGACAUGAACACAUCAUCUGCGCAUGUACAGAACGUUGAUGUUCGGGAGAAAAGGAAUCUUGGGGAAGCCAGUCUACUUGAUACUCUAGUGGCAAAGCUGCUUAAUAUAUCAAGUGAAAGGCAAACCAUUCCAAGAGAACAAAACACGUCUGAAAUACCUGACGAAUCUUUAAAUUUAACUGCUAUUCUGGCCAAAAUAACUGGUAAAGGUCUUGAGACCAAAUACAGAGACACACCGGUUUCAGAUAACACUGCGCUCUUGGUCAAAUUUCUAAAGGAGGGCAGUCGUUAUCGACUACGCAUGCCCCAUAAUGUCACUGCUGGAAAGUUAGACGAUGACAGCAGUCAAAUUGCUACUAAACUACAAAGCGAUAAAAAAGAGUCGAAAGAGUCUUCUUUUGAUCUGAAAAAUGUUCUUUUAGAUUUAACAAAGAAAAUAAACUUGAACUUUCGUAGUAAUCUCUCUGAAAUGACAAAGGACAAAGACCAUAAAGCUGAUCUUGAGAUGUUAAAACUACUGUUACACCGUAGUGACUCGCAAGAUCUUGGCACUUUCAACUUGAGCAAAGUGUUAAAAGAAAUAGCGAGCAAUUCCCUCAAGAACAUCUUAGCUGCUCUGCAACCAAUUAAAGUCAAGCGUGACAAAGAGGAUGAUGAUCUGGAGACGAGUGGGAACCAGUCUGAUGUGGAAAUAUUUAGACCUACUACAGAUGAACUGGAAUCUAGUACAAAAGAACAUAGCCCUUCGGAUGGUAAUAAACAACCGUCUUCAACACAUGCGUUAUUAAACACGACGAGCUCUUCGACAAGUUUUGGCGAGGAAUCUAGAAAAAAGGGUCUUUCGUUUAUAAGUGGAAGAGGGACGGAAGAAUUUGAGAACGAAACAUCUGAAAAAAGGUUUGUUUAAAUUUUCUUAAAAUUCCGCUCUUUUCCGGGGGGAACUCCCAUAUGAAAGGGGCGGGGUUGCUCUGCGUCUCGCUUAAGGGUGUAAAUUUCGGAUUUUGGUCUCACUUAGGGUGUUCUGGUCAAAACACCUUAAGGGUCUCUUUUAGGAUUGCGCGCGAAGAAAUAUUAAACAAUUAUAUAUUGUCAUAUUUAUUCGAUUCAUGUAAUUAAAGUUUAGAAUGGUCUUUUUCGGGGGUCAAAAGAAGGUUGGGCCACGCCUAGAUUGGUCUCCUUUAAGGGUUUAACUCAAAAUUUCUGACGAGCAUCCCCGCCCAUUUCAUAUGGGAGUCCCUCCCCGUGCUCUUUAUUGUAGCACGUACAUACCACAAAAAAUCAAAGAAACUUGUACAGAAAAUAAAAUAUGAACGUUCACAUUAUACCUCACAUAUUGAUUGAAUCACUGCUGCUGAAAGAUUGUUUAUUCAACACUAAGCCAUACAAGUAAGCCAUAAUGAUCGAGUACACUAGUUGACAAAACAAACAAACACAGUUUAUUUACGGUCUUUUAUAGAACGAAGUUGCAGACCAUUUGUUUUAAAUUCAAAUCUUAUUUUUCAUUGAAACAAACCUAAGUUGCAAAUGUUAAGAAAGCCAACACCAUGAGAAAGAGGUAGAAAAAAACAAACUCCAAGGACCAGGUGCGUCGUAAAACCUGUUGAUACAAAUCCAACGUUAGUACUACAACAUCCAACAUGAGACCGAACGGAAACGACGAUAGAAACAAACUUUUGAGCGACCAAAACUAAAAUAUUUUUCAGUAGUAAGCCUGCAUGUCUUUAUUCUCAUUACAGUCAAGGGUCAGAGGACAAAAAGAACCAAAUUGUUCCAUCAAAGCCGAAGAAACAACGCGUGCGAUUGAAACGGGCAACAAAUGGACUUUUGAAGUUUGACAAAGUCGGUUGUCAGGAACUGGAUCCAAAAGUCUUACUGUAUAAUCGUAUUUUCAAGACUGGAAGUUCCACUACUGAAUCUAUUAUUACAAACUCGAGUUCAUCCAUGAAUUAUGGCUACAAAAUAGGUGAGAUUCGUGCAAAGUCACCGGCAGAAAAAGAUCGCAAAAAAAUUUUCUAAUCACGACGCAGCUAAUAUAUCGACAAAUAAUCAGAGUGAAAACAAACCUAACCUACCGAACUUACGGGCUUUUAACAACUAACCAAUCUUCUUACCUAAAGCAAGAAAUUAAAUUUAAGAGAAACCUAACUGGCACUGAUUCAUUCAUUUACCCACUUUUUCAUUCAUUCAUUUCUUCACUUUUUCAUUCAUUCAUGCAUUCAUUCAUUUCUUCCUUCCUUCCUUCCUUCAUUCAUUCAUUCAUUCGUUUGUUUAUUCAUCCUUCUCUCCCGCUCUCAUUCACUUUUCUCUUUUAUAUACAGACAUGCUUUCAUGUUUCUUAACAAACCUUUAUGACUUGUUUAACCAAAGAAUUUCAAACUUAUUUUUUUACCAAACAUUAACUAACUUACUACAGUGUUACUAAAGAUAAACUAUAGUACAACAAAAUUAAUAACAGUAUUACCAGAAAGUGGAGUUUUAGGACACUUCGAGCCUAAUGGUGAAAUAAGGGGAUGGAGGAGAGAAAAGGAAAAGAGGACUGAGUCCUUAGUUCUUUGCUGAAGCGACAGAGCGGUGCGAGUCGCACAGCCAAAUUUUGUCCUCCCUUUAUAUAAGUAUUGAGGUCAGUAUUGGCCUGCGAAUACAGCUUACACUCCUCGCUCUUUGCCACUAGGCACUUCUAUCGUUUCGUUUCGUCUCGGUUCCCCCCAAACGUUCCUAGCGGCGAGGAGCGAGAAGGGACGGUUGCAUUUACAGGCGAAAAAGUAUUGAAGGAUAAUAACAAGUUGUCGCUAUGUUAAUCUAAGCAACAUUUCUUGUUUACAAGGAACGACAGAGGACUGGUACGACAAAGGUGAUUCUGGCCCGUAUCCUGGACUUAUCAUAAGAAAAGCCAAUAAGAAACUCCUCAAACACCCGCGCAUGGCUUUCGUGGCACACUUUUACUUUAGAAGCAACUUAAACUUACCGCAGGCUCACACAUAUAUAAAUCAAGUCAGAGACCCUAUAAGACGACUGGUGUCCCAUUAUCAUUAUAUGAGGAGUACAAACAGACCCACGGACAGAAUAAAAGAAUUUCUUAACUCUGGAGAAAGGAACGAAUCUCUUAAGCAGUGCUUUAGACGACAGCACAAAGGAUGCAGGAACAACGUAAUGACAAGGUUUUUCUGCGGGAGACAUUCUUACUGUCUUCGAGGAAACUGGAGGUCUUUGCAGAAGGCAAAGCAUAAUAUAAAACGGUAUUACGCGGCAGUGGGUCUAUUGGAACACUAUGAGGUUUAUCUUCAGAUUCUUUACAGGCGUUUGCCAAAGUUCUUUCGCGAAGUAUCCAGUUAUGACAUUGGUAAAUAUAACCCUACUUACAGUUUUGACAAUGUUCCUAAAGAUCUCAUUAGCGAGAUCACUAAGGCCAACUGGGCCGAUGCAAGGCUUUAUUCAUUUGUGAAGAAACGCUUCUGGCAACAAGCUAAAGUCUGCGGUUUCAAAUAA